UCUGGAUUAAGGUUGAUGUGAUUUAUCAUAAUUCGAUAGUGUCUUAUUGAAUAGUUUUAAAAUGGUGUUUUUAAUGCCACUUGCCUGGAGAGUCCUACACGUGGACGGUACAAAUUUGAUGCCACGUGUGACUGAUUGCCUGUUGCCCUGCUGCAACCUGAUUGGCUGUUACCACUGUUGUCAGCAGUUAGCAUUUCCUGAAGAUAGUAACUGCGGUUAUCUUCUACAGCACAAAUGUAAAAGUCUGGCCUUUGAAGAAAAACUUGAGAUUAAACAACUCGGCUGUUUUAUAAACCAAACCUCUGGUAAAAUUAUGUAUAUUUAACGGGCAGUUGUUCUUCAGUAAAACAUGGCGAACUGCUAACAGAGAAGACCGUUUAUUUUGUUGCUUCCGGUGUUCAGAGGGACGGUAGCUUCACGGAAUUGAGCAUUAAAUUGAGGUAAUUGGAAUUCAAGAUGUCCGAAGAAGAAGAAGUAGUCGAGGAGAUGGUGGAGGAAGAGGAAGAAGCCCAGCAAGAGCAAGUUGUUGAAGUUGAAGAAGCUGCACCUGAAGUAGAAGAGCCUGCAGAAGAAGAUGAGUCCAAACCCAAACCAAAGGCCUUUGCUCCACCUAUAGCUGCGCCGAAGAUACCAGAGGGAGGAGACAAAGUCGACUUUGAUGACAUCCACAGGAAGCGUCAGGAGAAGGAUCUGACCGAGCUGCAGUCUCUGAUCGAGGCCCACUUCAUUCAGAGGAAGAAUGACGAGGCGGAGCUCGUCACUCUCGUUAACAGGAUCGAGAAGCGUCGUACCGAGAGGGCUGAACAGCAGAGGGUCCGUGCUGAGCAGGAGAAGGAGAGGCAGAUUCGUGUUGCUGAAGAAAAGGAGAGGAAGGAGCUGGAAGAGUUUCGUAAGAAGCACGAUGACGAUGCCAAGAAGAAGAAAGCUCUGACAAACAUGACUCAUCAAUAUGGUGGCGUCCAACAGAGGGAUGGAAAGAAGGGAGCGAAGAAGCAGACGGAGAGAGAGAAGAAAAAGAAGAUCCUGGCAGAUAGAAGAAAGCCUCUCAACAUUGACCAUCUCAACGAGGACAAAGUGAAGGAGAAGGCCACUGAGCUGUGGCAGUGUCUGAUGGCGCUGGAGGCUGAGAAGUUUGACCUCAGCGAGAAACUGAAGAAACAGAAAUAUGAUAUCAAUGUAUUCCAGACCCGAAUCAAUGAGCAGCAGAAGUUUGCCAAAGGAAGAGGCAAGGGCAAGGCCCGGAGAUGAUAGACGCAAACACCAGCAGUUCUCCAAGGAAGCGUCUGAGAAUAAGCAGCAGUAUUCACUUUGACAUUAAUGUAUGCUUAAACAAUAAAAAUGUUUGUGUGCUUAAGUUUCAAACUAGUAGAUAUUUUUCUCUGAGCAGUCAUCACCGUUUAAUAAAAAGCAAAUGAAUCCAAAUCAUUCAAGUGGCAAUAAAAUACCUCUGUUUAUUCUUGUACACAAAGUACCACACAGUGCACCAUCAAUUUCACAAGUAGGCAGCGAUAUGUAAACAUAAUUAAAGGACUUACCGCAGCAAGCUGUUACAGUGCUUGACAUUAUCCACUUUUAAAUAACACAUUAAUAAAUAAAUGAUUCUGAUUGCAAUAUAGUGUCAGGAUGAUGGACUGUCUAUACAUUAGUG